AUGCAGAGUCCACGAGGUUGUGCGCUUCCACGACUUUGCUGGUCACGAGACCGCGGGACUGCCUUCGCCAGCGUUCGUCGACCCUCUCUCUCUCUCCUCGACCACUCACUCGCACCUCGCAAAUCCACUCGCCUCGACCACCGCAAACACAACACCCGGAACUACACCAUGGCCCUCCAGGAAUCCCGCAGCCGCGUCCUCCCAACUCUCUGGGACCACGUCUACCGCCGCCAGUUCGCCGAGAUUGACAGGAUGCUCGCGCCGGGCAUGAUGUGGGAAGUCUUCCCGGCGUUCUACCGCCCGUACUUCGCGCCGCUCCCGCUCGAAGGAGUGUUCGACCCUCACGAGACGGUCAACUACUUCAAGACGAUCCGCGAGAAGCUCCUCACCGAGCCGAAGACCUUCAAGAUGGGUGAGCAGCGCCACGGCGAAGAGUCGCUUACCGCCCACUUCCGCACCGAGGGCAUCGAUGCCAACGGCAAGCCUUUCGACGUCAAGCACGACGUCUUCGUCGAGUUCGUUCCCGGCGAGGACAAGAUCAAGCGCGGCGUCGAGUACCUCGACAGCGAGAGCCUCAACCUUCACAUGAAGCGCGACGCCAACAAGCAAGAGUGGGAGGAGAGGACUCCCGCGACCAGCGCCGUCGAAGGCAAGGCCGCCCAGUCGACCAUCGAGGCUGGCGCCACGCCCUCGGCCUCGCAGGGCCAGUCGCAGUCGCAGGCUGAGCAGGUCAAGGAGCCUGCCGCCUCGCAGACGGGCCAGGCGUCGCAGCAGAAGUCGUCGCAGGCUUGA